AUGAGGCUGUCUGAAUUCUGCCAACAAACUUUCUUCACUUUUGCGGGAGAGACCUAUGAACAAAUCAAGGGAACCCCAAUGGGCUCACCGGUCUCCGGUUUGGUGGCAGAACUGGUCCUACAGGAGUUAGAAAAGAUUGCUUUCAUCCAACAUGAACCGGUGUUUUGGCGCCGUUACGUAGACGACACGUUCGUCAUCGUAAAGAAGGACAUGCUUCAACAUUUCCACAGCCUGCUCAACGCAGUCUUCCCUGAUAUAAAAUUCACGAGGGGAGAAGAACAGGAACAGCAGUUGCCGUUCCUGGAUGUGCUCGUCAGACGAAACCUUAACGGUGAACUUGAAACGACGGUUUAUAGGAAGGCAACGAACACCACACAGCUUCUCAGUUUUCACAGCAACUAUCCGGUGGCUCACAAACGAAGCUGUGUGAAGACGCUCUUCAAACGCAUCCAAACUCAUUGCAGCAAACCGGAGGACAGAGCAAGUGAGGCCCGUUAUCUCCGCGACCAGUUUGUGCAAAAUGGCUAUCCGAGGGCAUUCAUAAGUCGCUGCCUACGCGGUCGCCACCAGAGAACUCAAACAUCAACGCCACCGACGAUAUGGCAUACUCUGCCAUACAUCCAGGGUGUUUCAGAAGCGACCGAGCGCAUUGCUGCGGAGCUAGAGGUUGGAAUCGCACACCGCCCCAAAGCCACCAUGCGCAAUUGA